UGGAAACCGUUGCCAACAAAACGUCAAAUGCAUUGAAAAACUCAUUGAAAAAGCAUUGAAUGACUCAAUCAUUGAGCGAUUGUUUGUCAACAAAAGCGGUUCACAAAUGAAGUGAUGAUUCACUCAACGACUAUCACCACAGCGGAAGUGUUACCACACGGUAUUGACACAUAACUACCACACCGAUCAACUGAUCCAAUGCUCCCGGGAAUCGGUAUCUUCGGCGGCGGACAACUGGUCCGAGUGUUGGUCUCCUGUCUGCGGGCCAAAGGGUUCAAAGUGGAGGCCAUUUGGUCCCACAAUCUGGAGUCGGCUCAAGACAUGGCCAGGGAGUUGGACAUCAAGUUGGCCACCGAUGUCAUCGAUCGCGUACUCCUGGAGCCCGCGGUUCAGCUCAUUGUCAUCGCCUGUCCGCCGCAUCUUCACGAGCAGAUCGCCACCAAAGCGUGCGGUAUAGGGAAGCACGUGCUCUGUGACUGUCCACCGGCGCUAUCAUUGGAUCAGAUGGUGUCCAUGAAGAGGGCGGCACUCAACUACCCAUCGCUGAUCACAAUACUGUUCAAUACGCUGAGGUUUUUACCAUCGUUUGCCAAAAUGAAGCGUUUGAUAGCCGAUGGCUUUGUCGGCGAUAUUAAUGUCAUUAACUGUAAUGUCUUCGGCGACUGUCUUCAGGGUCUGGACAACUACUCGAUAGUGUGCGACGACCUGAUGGGCGGCGGACUCCUGGCGACCACCGGAACGCAUAUCAUUGAUAUCAUAUCAUUCAUCACCGGUUUGAGGGCUAAGCGAGUGAAUGGCUGCGUCCGGAACUAUCACCAGAUCAAAGACAAUGUGUUUGGCUUAAGAAGAAUAACUUCCGACGACUUCGUGACCUUUCAGAUGGAGAUGAAGAACAGCUUAUGCAUAGCUAACGUGACGCUAAACUCGCACUACUUCGGCACAUCCAUACACGAGAUACUGGUCUGCGGCUCGAAAGGCUAUCUGGUGUGCCGUUCCGGUGACCUCUACGGCCGACUCCUCACCUCUGCGAAAGAGGAGCUCCUGUGCGGUGAUAGUGAGGACAUGAGCGACAAUAACCUCAGCGCCGUGAUUGAGGCGAUUAAGUACUCGUCGAAGAAUAGGGAAUGGGUUCGCAUUAAAUACGAUACUAACUGA